UGCGGGUUGGGACGAAUAGGUGUAACACAAAAUUUAAUCGCGGAACGCAGGAAUAAAAAACGCCCGUAUUAAAUUAAAGAUUAAAAAGACUUAUUUUCUUGUAUUUAUCAAAGGUUAAUUGCCUUUUCAUUAUUUAAAUCAAUCAAUCCAGCAGUUUACCAACCCAUGCCUAAAAUGUGGCAGUGGAUUAAUCACUAAAUUCGACAUCCCCCAUCACAAGCAAGGCUGGCAUCGUUCGUACCAUCUAAAUUUCCUGUAGGUGAAAGACGCCUGGAAUUUGAGGAAUCGUAGUGAUGGAGGCUUAGGUCAGUGUGUAAGUAAUAGUAAGUAGAGCUCCUGAACUCAGGUACAAUGCAGCUAAAUUGCAACUCGCCUCAGCCUAACCAGUGCCUGAGCUACAGUGCAGUCGGUCAUGCCCAGGAUCUCUUGAAACACCUGUACUCGUUGCGAUCUGAGAAGGCUUUUUGUGAUGCAACUAUCAUGGUUGGCAGCAAAAUGUUCACUGCACAUUGUGUCAUCUUGUCAGCAUGCAGCGAAUACUUCAAGCUGAUGUUCUGUGGUGGGUUAUCGGAGUCAUUUUCAAAACAAGUAGAGCUUCAUGGAAUUGAUGCUGGUAUAUUCAACAAUCUUCUAGAAUUUAUUUAUACAGGUCUUAUUUAUCUGUUUGGUGGGAUGUCUGCAGUGGGAACAGAACUCAGAACGGCAGAAAGUUUUAAUCCAGUCACAAAGGAAACCACAGCCCUGGCUGAUAUGAAAAGUCGCCGACUACACUGUAGUGUUGUUGUAAUUGAAGAUAACAUCUAUGUUGUUGGUGGAUCUAAUGCAAGAAAGGGCGCCCUCAAUUCAGUUGAACAAUAUUCAAUUUCAAAUGAGAAAUGGACAACAAUCCCAUGCAUGUCUACGGCUAGAGCUGGUGCUGCGGCUGCCACAGUCAACGGUCUUCUAUACGUAGUCGGAGGUCGUACUGUCAAUCGUGGGCUUGGCUCAGCUGUCACAUUUCUAGACACAAUUGAAUGCUAUGAUCCCCGAACUAAGAACUGGAGUGACCUUGGGAAAAUGUCUGUCGCUAGAUGUGAAAUGGCUAUUGCUGUCUUAUAAUGGAGAUUAUGUCACUGCUAUUUACUAAUGUUAUACACAACAUUCAUUAUUUGUUUCAUAACACCCCUAAAAUAGAUCCUUGUCAUUUUAUAUUUUAUGAAAAAAAAGUUAUUGCAUCUAAAAAAAAAUAGAGCACCACUAUAAUAAACAGAUUUCAGAAAUAUAUGAUUGCAAUUUAAUAAUCUUUCUUUUUUGUUGUAUUUGCUUAUACUCUAAUAUUGACUUUUUGACUCUUGUCUGAAAUAGGAUAUAAUUGAACUAUACAGUAUAGUAAUUAUUUAAACCCAAUAUUUUAAAAAUGUACAUGUGCAAUAAAGUUAUUUUGAUAUAAAGCACAUUGAAAAAAGCUAUUGAAUUACAAUGAUCUUUGUUCAAUGAUAAUUUGUUGUUUGAAUUGCAAUAAAUGCCAGGCUAAUAACCAGGGGGUUUUUAUGGUUUGGCUGAAACUCCUUCAAGUGAACUUCCUCAGAUAAAAAACCCAAUACCCUUGCAUCAAAUACAAUUACAUAUUAAUGCUUCAGCAUAGUUACCAACCUGAGAGAUUUGAAAUGUGCGAGUGACUACACCAUUUGACUGGUGGCCACCACUGCCCUGCUGGGGUGCAAGGGCAGAGCCUGGGCGGGGGCCCAGCAGUGCCGCUCCGACGAUCUGAGCAAUUUUAAGCUGUUUUAAAAUGAUUUCAGGAAGUGUUUGUUGACAAUACCAGGUACAUAAACAAGAAUAUUUUUAAUGAAGUAUGUGAAACAAGAUAGCAAAUGCUGGCAAUUGUUUGGUCGGCGUACGUACAGUAAACAUGAAACACUGAUACUCGAACAGGAUAACAAAAGCUAAUAGCUCAAGUUACUGCAUGACUGUUUUUAUAUUUUUAAUAAAACCAAUUUAGACCUAUUCUAAUUUUGAAUGCAUUUUUCCCUGAAUUUGUUAUCAUGCACAGACUUGUGCUAAAUGUGUGAAAAAUUUAUGAUCACGCAUGUUUCUCAAAAUGUGUUUUCCAUCCAAAAUCACUUUGAAAUGUGCGAGAUGUUUGGUUCUCCUAGACCCCAGUAGGGUACUACAGUAGCAGUAUUUAAGCUGUCAUCAGCCAAAUCCUAAUGAAAGCUGAAUUUUGCUAAAUAUUUUCAUUCAAAAUUAGCGAAAAAAGCUAAUGGAAUUGCAGUUAUCAUUGCUUAUAUUUUUUUGUUUUGGCUAAUGAUUUUCAUACCAAAAGCUAAAUUGCUAAAUAUUUUUUUUUGCCAGCAGAAACCUGUAAUCCUGGCUGUCAUAGUAGUUCUCCUACUUAAAAUAUCCUGAUUUGUCUGGAUGUAGUCGUGUAAAGCCAAUCACACAAAAUUUCAUUAGUACUGUAUAAAGAUUUUAAUAAAAAAAACUCAUAACAUGCAUACAAACUUUUUUAUGACAAUUUUUGAGAAGGCUUACUAUACUACAGUAAAGUAUAACAACUCAUUAAUUUAUAAAACAACAAUUUUGUAAUAUUUUAAAGCAUUUUUGUAUUAUACCUUUAUACAACAAACUUACUGCACAACUAUGGACAUAUAUCAUUUUAAAAUAACAGGUACUACAGUAUAAGGUAGACAGAGGGAAAAAAGGACAGGGUACUGUUGUACCCCAGGUUUUUACUACUGCCAGAAUCAGUUUUCCAAAACAUCCCCUCUUCAUUACAUUUACAAAUAUCUUGGUUUGUAGAUACUUAGGGGUAGAUGUACUUUACAGAUAAAUAUGUACCCAAUAAUGAAUCUGAUUCAGUGCUGUUACGAAAUAUUGCAACAUUAUAUCUGUAAAUUUUUUUUGUUGCAUUUAAAAAAAAAAGACGGCAGUGGCAAAACUGGAGAAACAUGUCUUCCGUACCCCUCCCUAAGUCUGCCCUGAUACUGACUUGAUUUGUAAGCACACUGAGAAAUAUAUUUAAUUACUUAAAGCAAACUGGAAUGGUAGCAGGAAGAUUUUACUUUUCCAAGUAUUCACACAUUAAGAUUUAAGCAAACUCCUAACAAAAGUAAGUUUUUAAAGUUUUGUUUGUGCAUCUGGAUUUUGGGACAGUUAAACAUUGCACAAAAUGGAACAUUUUUAUAUAUACAUGUACAUACAAUAGAUGCCUACAGGUAUGUCACACUUAUUUACGAUGUUGUUUGUUAGUGCAUCUGGUUUUCAAGAUGGUUAACCAUUGCACAAAAUGGAACGACAGUAUUUUCAUAUAAUCUCUAUAGGUCUACAUACUGUACACAAAUCCAAUGUAUUUUACAUCAAAAAAUUCAAAUGUAACAUUUCUUACGAAUAUUACAAGCAAGUUUGAUCUUAAUUGUAAGAUACAAAUCUAACACCGCUGGGCAAAUCAGAGAAAUUUGGCAAUGGGGCUUCAGUUAUAAAAAAAA